GGGCCUUCAUUUUUAUGCUGACCUUCCUGCUCUAUGCAAGCUUCCACUUAUCCCGAAAGCCUAUCAGCAUAGUGAAGGGCGAGCUGCAUAAGCACUGUGCUGCAGGGGACGAGCCUGAGCCCAGAUUCAGUGGCCCGAGCAGCAGUACCAGGCAUGGCCCCACCCAUUGGAUCCUGGACAACGAGACCGACUGUGGCUGGGCCCCCUUCGAUAAGAACAACUACCAGCAGCUGCUCGGAGCCCUGGAUUACUCCUUCCUGUGUGCCUACGCCAUCGGGAUGUACCUGAGUGGCAUCAUAGGGGAGCGCCUGCCGAUUAGGUAUUACCUGACUUUUGGGAUGCUGGCCAGUGGUGCCUUCACAGCCCUGUUCGGCUUGGGCUAUUUCUACAACAUCCACAGCCUGGGAUUCUAUGUGGUGACCCAGAUCAUUAACGGACUGGUGCAGACCACAGGCUGGCCCAGCGUCGUCACCUGCCUCAGCAACUGGUUCGGAAAAGGAAGGAGAGGCCUGAUCAUGGGGAUCUGGAACUCCCACACCUCUGUGGGAAACAUCUUGGGGUCCUUGAUUGCUGGCUACUGGGUGUCCACGUGCUGGGGCCUGUCCUUCAUCGUGCCUGGGGCCAUCGUGGCUGCCAUGGGGAUAGUGUGCUUUCUCUUCCUCAUCGAACAUCCGAAGGACAUCAAGUGCUCCUCCACCCUGCCCACGCAUUCCAAAGUCUCCGAGAACGGCAUAAACAGAUUCAGACUGCAGAAGCAGACCACACACAGUGAAAAGAACGGCCCCCUGGACCCAGAGAUGCAGUGCCUGCUGCUCUCUGAUGGGAAGAGCCCCCUCCACCCGAGCCAUGUCGUCGUCCUUCCGGGUGACAGCAGCAGCAGCAUGGCCGCCAUCAGCUUCACAGGAGCCCUGAGGAUCCCGGGCGUGAUCGAGUUCUCCCUGUGCUUGCUGUUCGCCAAGCUGGUCAGCUACACGUUCCUGUUCUGGCUCCCGCUGUACAUCACCAACGUGGAUCACCUGGACGCCAAGAAAGCCGGGGAGCUGUCCACUUUGUUUGACGUGGGCGGGAUCUUUGGCGGGAUUUUAGCAGGUGUGAUCUCCGACCGCCUGGAGAAGCGAGCCUCCACCUGUGGCCUGAUGCUUCUGCUGGCGGCGCCCACGCUCUAUGUGUUCUCCUCUGUCAGCAAAAUGGGCCUAGAAGCCACCAUAGCCAUGCUGCUCCUCAGUGGGGCCCUGGUCAGCGGGCCCUAUGCUCUGAUCACCACCGCCGUCUCUGCGGACCUGGGGACCCACAAGUGUCUGAAAGGGAACUCUCACGCCCUGUCCACCGUGACGGCCAUCAUUGACGGCACUGGGUCUGUAGGAGCCGCCCUGGGCCCCCUGCUGGCGGGGCUCAUUUCCCCUUCAGGAUGGAGCAACGUGUUCUACAUGCUGAUGUUUGCAGACGCCUGUGCCUUACUGUGCCCUCCUCCCGCCCCUGCAAACAGACCAGUUUCGCCUCCUUCCCAGUCAGAGGCUGAGGACUCGGGGACCUGAGCUCAGCUCCUCAGAGAGGAGCAGCAGGACUGGUCUGUUAAGUCUCCGCUCCAGUGACACCCAGGCUCCCAGCAUCUCGAGGCAGGCGCUGGGAGUGGGAAGAACCCUCUCUGCUGACUUCCGUCCCCUUGCAUGGGAACAGAGCUUUGUUGGAAGGUGACCUGGGUCCUCUCGACCCCUCACACAAGCUGUCCCACCCCCACAGGCAGCACUUGCCUUCCCUCUUCCUUCUUCCUCUUGGCAGUCUGUCUGGCUCUUCCAUCACAGGCCUCCUCUGCCAGGACUUCCCACGUGGGCUUGGUGGUAGUAGUGAUGUCGGUAGCUGCCAGCUCAGCCCUGGGUAGUCAGAGCUAGAGUUGGAGUUAGUCCCAAUUUGCUGCAAAAUUCAAUUGCCACCAGCUCGUUCCCACUACUGACCAGUGAGUCUCACAAGCCUUGUUCUUGGGCCAAGCCAAGUGCUGGGACUGUGUAUUAUCCAUAGGUGACAUUCCCGUUCUACGUAGCUUAUACAUGUGGGCCUCCAUCCUGAACACGGGGCAUCCAGGAGCCAUGGCCCGAGGUCUGGUGUGCAGCUGAUGUGGGGGGCAGCAGUGGUCGCUUAGAACCCACACCUCCUGUUCCCCUACCCCAAGCCCCUCUGCAUUAAGGCUGCCCACUGUCCUCUAAGCACAUGCCCCUGGUAGCCGAGACUUCCCUCAGGAUCCCCUUCCGUGCUGCCCGGGAACCUUGCUGUGGUCUCCUGUCAGUCAUGGAGACUAGCUCCACACCUGCAGACAGGGUAAGCCCUGAGCUGACGGUUGCAGCCAGAUAUCACAAUGCUUUGAUUAAACAACCACUCUGAGCUUUUCUGCACACGAAGGGCUUAAAGUUAACCAGUUAAGCCAAUGGCUUUUAGCCUAGCAGUUAGCAUUGUGUGGAAGGCAGACGCAUACACACACACACACACACACACACACACACACACACACACACCCCACUAGUCCUGACACCGUUUCAGCCUCCCAGUUCCACAUCUCAUGACCUGAUCACUUGGCUCCAUAAUCCCCCAAGCAGCUCCCAUACUGUGGGCCACCGCUUCCCUGAAUCUGUCUUGUUUCCAUUUGGGGCACCCUGUGGCUGGGCUGGUUUUGAAGUCUGUGCUAAAAGCCUGUUUUCCAGCAGGCGUCUGGAUCACCCCAAGAACUUAUUGAGGGGCAGCCUUGGCCUCAGGCCAGGUGCUGGCGUGGUCUCCGCUCUAAGGACUGAACCUCCGUGGGGACAUAAGCCCGUAGGCGCUUCGGAGGAGGAGCCAUGCAGUCCAUCGGGCCUCAGUGGGCCACGCCUGCCCUCUGCUUGUGUCCCCACACAAUGACAGUGUCUUUUCUCUGUUU